AUGCGAAUGAAAACAGAUGAGGGUAAGGAACAAUACGAUUUGUGGUUUAUAUUGGAAGGAAAGGGGCCAAACCGAGGAAGUGUUAUCGAGGCAUUUUGUAAGUGCAAAGGGGGACGAGAUGGCGGAUGCAAGCAUAUCGCAGCAGCGAUGUACUCUCUUGAGUUUCUUUUAAACACUGAGGGGAAAGACAGUGUGACAAGUGGAGUGUGUUUGUGGAAAAGAAGGCAACAAGCAAGCAUUAAACCUUGUGAUGUAAAGGAUGUAAACAUUUCCAAAUGUGAAUACGGUGAGCCAAGCAAAAAGAGAAAACAUGAAUAUGUGUGGCUACAAAACAUCGACCAUGAUCCAGGAGAGGAAAGAUUUCGGAAGGAAAAGUCGCAUGAUGAUAUGGUGAAGUUUACCAGUGCAAUGAAAAAACAGGUUACCAGCUAUGAACCUGCCAUUUUCCCAUUACUUUGUAAACUUUACCUUCCAGAUGAUGUACCAAAAGCAACUAGUCUAGCUGAGAUGCUGAAAAGCUUAGAAAAGAGUUCUUGUAUUAUGGAGAAUAAAAUUGAACAGUUCAUUCAAGAUAGCAAUUCUUCUGUGCCGACUGCAGAGGAAUUUUUAAAUUACCUGUCUUUCAGUGAUUCAGAAAUCAUUGAUGUUGAGCAUGCAACUGUUGAUCAGUGGGAAAGUGACGAUUGGUUUCUGCACAAGGUUGGCUUUAUAUCAGCUUCCAAGUGCAAAGCUGUUUUCACAUGA